AUGUACACCCAAACUUCGGAAUUCAUGCGCCCUUCAAUGACCCAUUCAGAGACCAGAAUAACUGACAUUUUGAGAAAGGCUCUUCGAAGAUCCAUCAAGGGCGAGAAGGAGAAGGGUGCCCAGGUUUCAAUUGCACCCAAGGCUGCUGUGGCGAUUGUCCCGCCGAAAAAGGUCAUUCGAGCUCUUUAUGACUACGAAGGUCAAAACGCUCAGGAACUCAGCUUCUCCCGUGGAGACUUUUUCCACGUCAUUGGCCGCGAAAAUGACAAUGACUGGUACGAGGCUUGCAACCCAGCCUUGCCUGACGCACGUGGGCUCGUGCCUGUUUCUUUCUUUCAGGCUCUAGGCCGCACAGAGAGGGAUAGCGCCCAAUCCGAUUCUGGACGUCCCGGUUCCAAGAAUCCUGACCACGACUCUGGAUACGCCGAGACUACCUCCCCAACUCCAGCUGCAAGCCAACGCAACUCCAAAUCUGCGCUGAAGAAUGGCGCCAUGGUCUAUGGUAUCGUCAUGUACGAUUUUCAAGCUGAAAGGGCAGAUGAGUUGGAAGCCAAGGCUGGUGAGGCUAUUAUAGUGAUUGCACAAUCCAACCCAGAAUGGUUUGUUGCUAAACCGAUUGGAAGACUUGGUGGUCCCGGUCUCAUUCCGGUAUCGUUCGUUGAGAUACGAGACAUGUCUACAGACACAGCCGUUCAAAACCCUCACGAUGCCGUGAAGAGGGCUGGUGUGCCCCGUGUUGAGGAAUGGAAGAAGAUGGCUGCCGAGUAUAAGAACAGCAGCAUCACCCUGGGCAAAUUUGACGGUGGCGGCCCGCCAGGCCAGCAAGGUCAACCCGGCAUCGAGCAAGGCAUGGAGCGCAUGAGCAUACAGCAAGGUGGCAACCGCACCAGCCAACAACAACAACCACAGAGUAACCCUCAAUCUCCUCAGCAACAGCAGCGCAACACCCAACAAAACGUAUACAGCGCUGCCAAGACCGGCAACUCUCUGUUAGCUCCUCUGUCAGCACGGAUACCUCGUUACUGUUUCGCUGAAGAGAAAUACUGGUUUGUCAUUGAAGCCCAGCUCGAAGACGGCCGACACUGGGAAUUGUCCCGCUAUUACGAAGAUUUCUAUGAUUUCCAGAUCGCCCUUCUUACAGAAUUCCCUGCCGAGGCUGGCAAUACCAACACGCAGAAGCGCACAUUGCCUUACAUGCCCGGACCAGUUAAUUAUGUGACCGACGCCAUCACAGAGGGCCGAUUGCAUAACCUGGAUGCAUAUGUCAAGAAUCUUUUGGGCCAGCCUGACUAUAUCGCAAAAUGCAACCUUGUCAGACAAUUCUUUGCGCCUAGAGAAGGCGACUAUGAAAUCGAUGGAAACGGCGACGAGUACCGAUUAUCACAAGGCUCUGGAUUGUCCUCCACGGACUCACCAGCCGACGGCGUAUCAGGACAAUCUUCGCGGAACAAUCUAAACGGUAACGGUUACAGCGCCCAAGGAGCUGCGCCCCGACAAAUGCAAAAUGGCCCACAGAUGACGCGGGAGAACUCGGGACUUUCUCAUCCAUCACAAACCUCUCUGACACCUGGAAUGGCCCCGCAGCAACAAGCGGCAGUUUUCAAAGUCAAGCUCUUUUUCAAUGGCGACACGUUUGUCAUUCGAGUCCCAUCAGAUAUUGACUAUCAGAUGUUGAACGAUAAAGUCCGCGAAAGAGUCAAGGUUGGAGGCGAAUUAGAGCUCUUCUACCGAGAUGAGGCCAGCGGAGACAAGCUAGGGUUGAUGAGUGAUAACGACCUCAACUACGCCCUGGACCACAACGAGAAGCUUGUCAUUUUCGUCGAGCAAGUAUAA